AUGCAGUCGCAGGUUGACCAGGUCAAGACCAAACUUCGCCCAAGUCGUCGUGCUCUCUCGCGCUCACGCACCCUGACACCCCGCCAUUCGAAGCUUACUGGAGCUGCGGCAGCCGUGAAUGAGGGGGUGGAGGUGGCCGCCCAGCCAACGCCAAUGACCUUCCGGUCCGAGAAGACGGGACGCCCAGUGUGA